AUCGUAGAAAUAGCUUAGGCUUAGAUCUAAGUGCCAAAUAAUGGCGCAAGCAGGCGAACUUAACUAACUGCUAGUGUAGGCCUACUAACAAGAGAAAAGUGACGACAGCCUGACCAACCCUUCAUUCCAAUUAGACUACGCACAACCUGAUCUACUAUUACGGUCGCUCCGCUGUAAUUAUAAUUCUUGAAAUACCAAAUCGUGUAGGCCUACGCGGUGGCUGGCGGUGAGGUCAUCUUAGAUUUCAAUAUCGGGUAAACCUAGACCGGUUUGCCUGCUAUAGCUCAAUGUUCGAAAGUGUGAAACCGGUCGAACAGGACUGCACUCAGGCCUCUACAUAAACGCUGUGCGGUCGCCUUCCUUCACCUGAACAGAACCGUCGGUGUACCAGACUUUCAUGAUGCUGCUUUUGAUUGGCUCAAUCGUUGUACUUGUCGGAGUUUACAUGCUUUUGGUGGAAACCAUCUUCAAAAGCUCAGAAUGUAAGAGUUCAUCUGACAUGGUUGGAAAAACGGUCAUCAUAACAGGAGGAAACACUGGAAUUGGGAAAGCCACUGCCUGUGAAUUGGCUAGAAGAGGAGCCAGGGUCAUCUUGUCCUGCAGAAACAAGCAAAAAGCUGAGGAGGCUAUUAAGGAUAUCGAGCUGGAGACUGGAAGCACUGAUGUGGUCUACAUGCAGCUAGACCUGGCCAACCUCAAGGCUGUCCGCACCUUUGCAGAGACCUUCCUGAAGACGGAGUCCAGAUUGGAUUUGCUUAUCAACAAUGCUGGUCUCGUGGGGGAUGGGCGCACUGAGGAUGGUUUUGGGAUCCAGUUCGGGGUCAACCAUCUGGGUCACUUUCUGCUCACAUGUCUCCUGCUGGACCGCCUGAAAGAGGCCCCUUCGAGCCGUGUGAUCACCUUGUCCUCCAUGGCCCACCGCUGGGGCAAGAUCGACUUGGAUGCCCUUGUGGCCAACAAGGACCUGGGCACCGGCCGUUAUAGCUGGCAGUUCUUCCUGGCCUACUGCAACAGUAAACUGUGUAACGCUCUGUUCACCCACGAGCUGGCCAAGAGACUGAAGGGCACCAAUGUCACCUGUUAUAGUGUUCACCCUGGCGUUGUGAAGACGGAGCUGUCACGCCACGUCAGCCUGUGGCAGAUGGUGUUCGUUGACCCCAUAUCCCGGCUCUUCUUCCUGGACCCCAAGGCCGGCGCCCAAACCACUCUGCACUGUGCCCUUCAGGAGGGCAUCGAGCCCCUGAGCGGACGCUACUUUGCCUGCUGCACCGUACAGGAACCGUGCUCCAAUGCCACGGACGACGCUGUGGCCAAGAAGCUGUGGGACGUCAGCGAGAGGUUGUGUGGACUGAGUGACACGUCGUGAGAAAGACCAAAGGCACUUUGGGCAGAGUGGAAUUGCUCACUUCUUGGUGAUGAGUGUUUUGAGGACACUUGUUUUUUGGUACAUCUUCAUCUCUUCAUGUAGAUCACAAUGGAGUUGUGUUUUUGGUGUUUUGUCAUGUCUGUUGAAUUAUUUUGUAUGCACAUUGUGACUUUUUUAUAUAUUGAUUUAUCCUAUGUAUUGUGUAAAUAAAGCUAUGGUUAUUGAAGGUUA